GAGAAGACAAGCCAACAUGCGCGUUCUCGCUGUCAUCGUCCUUGUAUUUGCGGCACUUCUUUCUCCUUCAAGUUCAGCUCUGAGUGACCAGCAGCAGCUUGAAAUGGUCGAGGCUCUGAAAGACAAACUUCUUCAGACACUUCAAGCUGAGAGUGACCAGAAGCAGGCGGAAUUGGUCAACCUUAUGCAGGACAGACUUCUUCGGGUCAUUCAAGCUGAGAGUGACCAGAAGCAGGGAGGAGUGGUCGACGUUCUGGUGAACAAACUUCCUGGGAUCAUUGAAGCUAACAGUGACCAGCAGCAGAGGGAACUGAUCGACCUUCUGAAAGACAAACUUCUUGAAAUCAUCCAAGCUGAGAGUGACCAGAAGCAGGCAGGAGUGCGCGACGCUCUGGAGUCCAAACUUCCUCGGAUCCUUCAACGUAAGUGA